AUGUCAUCCUCGGACGCCGGAUAUUCUCGUUCCCCUGUAUGCGCCUCUCAACCAGACAUUAUCUAUGCUUGGGCUCGAGGCGCUCCGAAGCUUAACUUGCCUAAAGGUGUCGGUUUCCGUGUUGGUGGUGAAGCAAAAUCCCAAUUUUUGGUGCUUCAAGUACAUUAUAUGCACCAAAUGAAGGGAGAAGACAAUUCUGGAGUUAGGUUGCUUCACACAGAGGAGCCUCAACCUAGAAUGGCAGGCACCUUGUUGUUGGCAACUGACGGUAGGAUGGCGCCUAAGAAGACCGGUAAAGGAGAUUAA